GCGGUUAAAUUUGGUUGGGAGUUGAAGAAAGGAGCAGAACUGCUCCUGGUUGAGAUUAUGUUUUGGAGGAAAGCGUUAGUCUGGAAAUGUUUGGAGUGGAGGGCGUUUGGAAGGGGGUUCAAACAGGGGAGAUGCGUCAGCUCUGGGAGUAGGCUGGACCUGAGGGGUAUCUACCCGCCUAUAGUUACCCCCUUUAACCAGAAGGGCCAGGUGGACUAUCAGCAGCUGGAGAGUAACGUCCGUGAGUUGAGCAAGAUCCCUUUCAGAGGGCUAGUUGUUCAGGGCUCCAAUGGAGAGUUUGUCUUCCUGACCAGUGAGGAGCGUGUUGAAGUUGUUCGCAGAGUGAGGCAGGUGCUACCUGAGGAGAAGCUGCUGGUGGCUGGAUCUGGCUGUGAAUCCACAGAGGCCACCAUUGCGAUGACACGCAAUAUGGCAGAAGCAGGGGCGUCCGCAGUGAUGGUCGUCACUCCGUGUUAUUACCGAGGCAGAAUGAACAGUGCUGCCUUCAUACAGCACUAUACACAGGUAGCUGAUGCCUCACCUGUGCCAGUUGUGUUGUACAGUGUCCCAGGUAACACUGCACUGGAGCUACCAGUGGACGCCAUCCUCACUCUUUCUCAACAUCCCAACAUCAUCGGGCUGAAGGACAGCGGCAACAAUGUUACAAGAAUUGCACUGAUAGUUCACAAAACCAGGAACCAGGAUUUCCAAGUGCUGGCUGGAUCGGCGGGGUAUCUCCUCGCUGCUUAUUCAGUAGGUGCUGUGGGUGGUGUGUGUGCACUGGCCAAUGUGCUCGGAGAGCCUCUGUGCAACUUGGAGAAGCUGUGCCUCAGGGGGGAGUGGGAGGAAGCUCGAGAACUCCAAUACAGGCUGAUUGAGCCCAACACAGCAGUUACGCAAAAAUUUGGCAUUGCAGCCCUCAAGGAGGCGAUGGAAUGGUUUGGAUAUUUCGGGGGACUUUGCCGUGCUCCCCUGCUGCCAUUGACCGAGGUAGAGAGAAAGGACUUACGGAAUGACUUUGCGUCCAACGGCUGGCUCUGACCUUGUUUGCAGCAAAAGCCAUAGGUCCUGUGCUUCGGAAGAAGUUUAAUUUCUAAUUCACAUGAAGUUGAGGGCUGUUACUAAUUCCUUAAUCAAGUGCAUGUCAUCACACCUUUGCCCUGAACUUCAUCUGCAAACUGGGGAACUGCUGCAUUGAAAUUAUGUUUUAAUUACAUAGAAUUUUACAGGACAGAAACAGGCCAUUUGGCCCAACUGGGCCAUGCUGGUGUUCAUGCUCCACACAAGCCUCCUCGCACCUUACUUCCUUUCAACCCCCAUCAGCAUCUCCUAUUAUUAUUUCUCUCAUGUACUUACCGAGCUUCCUCUUAAAUACCUCUAUGCUCUUGAUCUCAACUACUCCAUAUGGUAGUGAGUUCCACAUUCUCAGCACAAUUUGGAAAAAUAAGUCUUUCUUGAAUCCCCUAUUGGAUUUAUUAGUAAUCAUCUUAUGAUCUCCUCUAUCAAACCCCUUUAAUAAUUUUAAAGACCUCUUUUAGGUCACCCCUCAGCCUCCUCUUUUCUAGCCCCAGAGUAUAACCUCUCAGUUCUGGCACCAUUCUUGUAAAUCUAUUUUGCGUCUUGUCCGCUACCUUCAAAUCCAAUUUGUAAUAUGAAGACCAGAACCGGACUAGGUACUCUAAAAUUUAACAUAACUUCCCUGCUUUUCAAUUCUAUUUUAAAAAUAUGGUGUGCCCACCACAAACUCUACAGCACAGCAUGGUCCCAUCUGUGAUCCUACACCUGGAAAAUUCCUAAUCUCAAUCGUGCUGUCAGGGCAACUCAGCAACACCUGGCUUCUCUCCAUUUAACAUUCUUCAGAAACAAAAUCCCAGACCUCAGGAACAUGACACACCUAGUUUUACACCCAAGACAAAGAGGCCAUUCAGCACAUUACACCUGCACCCUCUAUCUCAAAGAACAAGCCACUUUGCGAUUGCCCUACCCCUUUCCCACAUACCCUUUUUACUAUAUAAACCGUUUUUCUUCCACAGAUUCUGCUUCAAAAACCUUUUCUAGUGAAGCAUUCCAUGGCCUAAUGACCCUUCACAAAAUAAAUUCUCUUAAUCUCUCCCUUUCUUUGUUUAGUAGUAAUCUUUAAAGCGUCUGUCUUUCAGUUACCAGUUCCCAAAAGUGUAGAUGGUUUUUUUUUUCCUCGAUUUUCUUCAUCAAAACUUUCAAACAAGUCAGUAGGAAAAGCAAAACUUGAGGGAGAGAACCUGCUGCAUUCUUAAAAAACUAUCUCCAGUCUUCUGGGCUUUCCCGAAGGUUCUCCAGUUCUCCUGCUCAAGGGUGUUCUCCACAAUUCAGAAAGUAGUUGAUCAGAAUGCUUGUCCGCGAUAAAUCAUAACUUUUAUAUUUAAAAAAAAAACAACAAAGUUCCAUAGCUAAAACUUUUGACCCACAAAAUGUUCCAGCACAGAAAUAGGUCUUCAGCUCAUCAGGUCAGAACUGGUGUAAUCGGUUGAGUUUGUACUAGUCUUUGACGUGGACGGUGGAGUUGUGGUCACACUUUUGGAGCAAACUCCAAAACUGAAAUGCCAAGGUUUUUUCUGUCAUCAGUUCUCAUAAGGGGCCCCUGAAUGUUUGUGUUUAAUAUUGCAAAAGUUAAUUCUGGAAGAUUUCAGUCACUGUUGAGGCAUGUGUCCCUGAACAUGACUUCAUUGUUACUUUCUAUAAGUGGUAGGUUUUAUGUUUUAUUGUUGCUGAGUUUAGUAUUUGUCCUGCUUUUCCUUUUGAAGGAUUAAUGGGUUUGGGAGUACAGCUUGUUUGUAAUAGUGUAAUAGAUAUCGAGGCUGCCCUUGAGGUUUAAGCACCUUAAAUGGAGAGAAACUGCAGAGAAAAAGGACGGGGGCAUUAUGUCCCUGACCUUCUAGCUCACAUGUCAGUGCUACAAUGUGUCCAGUUCCCUUUUCAGGACUAAGUUCACGCCACACUCACUUGGCACAUGUCCUGCAGUCUCUCAUUUGCCAAGGAUGUGGGAAAUGGUCGUGUCACUGUUCACUGGCACUCAAAGUGAGGGUUCAGACAUGUUGACUGGUCAGUGUAGAGGGAGCUUUACUCUGUAUCUAGCCCCAUGCUGUACCUGCCCUGGGAAUGUUUGAUGGGGACAGCACAGAGGAAACUAUAAUUGUAUCUUAACCCAAACUGUACCAGGCCUAGGAGUGUUCGAUAAUGACACAAGGUAUCUCGUUCUCCUUCUCUGUUCAAGUGUAAACUAUCAAUAUAAAAAGAAAAGUGGUUUUGUUAAACCUUAUUUAUAAUUGAUCAUCUUCACCUUUUUAAUUAGUAACAAUGUGGAAUGUUUUAAAAUAUCACAAAAUGCAAAAUAAAUAUUUCAUUUUGUUUAAAA